AUGGCGCCACAAUUAGACGAAAAGGGUUUGGAUACGCGGGCGGAGAGCAGAGGAGCAGAUGUUAAGGCGAUGGCGGGAGGGGGCGACGGCAAGGAGGCGGCGCUGGCGCGGCAUUCGUGGGUGGACUGGUUGGCGCUGGUGAUGUGGAUGGGGUGGCUGCACAUCCUCCUCGCCACCCUCCUCGUCAUCGCGCUCACCUUCCCGCACCCCAUCGCCCUCGCGCUGCUGCUGCUGCUCGCCACGCUCUCCGUGACGCCCGUCGACGUCGAGGGGCGGCUCGCCAAGGCGUACAGGAGGUUCAUCUACCCGGUGGUGCUGCGCCACUUCCCCGUGCGCGUGCUCUUCCUCGACCCAACCACCAUCACCUUCGGCAAGCCCUACGUGGUGGGGUUGGAGCCGCACUCAGUGCUGCCCAUCGGCCUGGCGGCGCUCAUGGAGCAUCCCAUGUUCGUCCACGGCUACGCUGGCGCCACGUCAGCGCUCUUCCGCGUGCCGCUGCUGCGCCAGUUCUGGCAGUGGGUGCGCACGGCGCCCGCCACGCGCCCCACCCUCACGCGCCUGCUCAAGCGCGGGUGCACCGUGGUCAUCAUCCCGGGCGGCGUGCAGGAGUGCGUCUUCAUGGCGCCUGGCAGGGAGGUGGCGUUUGUGCGGCAGCGCUUUGGCUUCAUCCGCCUGGCGCUGGAGCAGGGGGUGCCCGUCGUGCCCUGCUUCGUCUUCGGCCAGACCACGGCGUACCACUGGUGGAAGCCGCAGGGUGCAUGGUACCGGGCGAUGGCACGGCGCGUGGGGUUUGCGCCGAUUGUGUUCUGGGGCAUGUGGGGGUCGCCCAUCCCCCUGCGUAACCCCAUCACCAUCGUCUUCGGCAAACCCAUUGCCGGCGGGCACCCCGACCCCAACCCUUCCAAAGAACGGGUGGCGGAGGUGCAUGCGCAGUACGUGGCGGCGUUGGAGCACCUCUUCCUCACCUACCGCGCCCAGGCGGGCUUCCCCCACACAGAGCUCCAGAUCAUGUGA